GCGCCGGGACGGCCCGAGAGUUGCCGAAAGCGGGAAGGGGGACGGGGGGGCGGCGUGGCCUGCUGACGGACGGGACCAGCCAAAGGAGGGCGGUUUCGGGGCUUCGAAGCCCUCAGGUAGACGGCCACCAUGGAGGCCCCCCCGGUCACCAUGAUGCCUGUGACCGGUGGCACCGUCAACAUGAUGGAGUAUUUACUGCAAGGAAGCGUGCUGGACCACAGUCUGGAGAGCCUCCUGCACCGACUGCGUGGCUUGUGUGACAACGUGGAGCCCGAGGCCUUUCUGGACCACGAGAUGGUGUUCCUGCUCAAGGGCCAGCAGGCCAGCCCCUUCGUCCUGCGGGCCCGGCGCUCCCUGGCUCCGGCGGGCAUGCCCUGGCACCUGCGCUACCUGGGGCAGCCGGAGAUGGGAGAUAAGAACCGCCAGGCCCUGGUGCGCAACUCGGUGGACAUCGCCACGUCGGAGAACCUGACCGACUUCCUUAUGGAGAUGGGCUUCCGCCUGGACCACGAGUUCGUGGCCAAGGGCCAUCUGUUCCGCAAAGGCGCCAUGAAGGUGUGCGUGUACAAGGUCUUCCGCGUCCUGCUGCCUGGCAACACCGACAGCAUCGAGGCACUGUCGCUGUCCUACCUGGUGGAGCUGAGUGUCGUGGCCCCCGCCGGCCAGGAUGGCGUCUCCGAGGACAUGCGCAACUUUGCCGAGCAGCUGAAGCCUCUGGUCCACCUGGAGAAGAUUGACCCCAAGAGGCUGAUGUGAUGGGGAGGGCGCGUGGCCCUUCGGAAACAGACACCAUUCCCCUGUUUUCUGGGGAGUUGGCCCCGAGCAACAGGGCUGGGUGCAAAACCUCACCUUUGGGUUUGGACAAGGGCCUGAGGGGGAGCCCAGUUGACCCUUUGCCUGUGGGUGAGGAAAGAGCAGAGGCAGCCUGUUCAUGCGGGAUCCGGCCUGGUAUUCCUCUGCGUCUUUUGCCGCCGACUCCAGGCUGGUGGAGGGGGGGGUCCUCUCUGACCAGGGCCCCAGAGAAAUUGGAUCUCGGGACACCAGAAUGUGCUCACCCUGGCCCUUAUGUGGGGAGUCCCCAGUUCACAACUGGUAGCCACAUUGUCUUUAAGCCCAGGAACUCCCACCUAAUCAACGAUAUUUCCUGAGCACCUACCAUCUGCAGAGCACUGGACCAAGCAUUUGGGGAGAGCACCAUUGGGUUGUGAAGCCUAGCUGGGGGGAAAAGACACUAAAAUAAACUAAAGAUAGGAGGAAGUGAUAAGAGCAUGACAGGUA